GUGUGUGUGUGUGUGUGUGUGUGUAUUAUGUACGUGUGUGUUUUUUAGGGAGGGUGCUUCUGUUUCCUCAGGAUAACACAUCAGCAUCUGGUAGCAAAUGAAGUGCCGGUGGCCGACAUUCCAUCAGACCUGUCUGGCAUCUCUGAAGAAGAAACGCACACACACACACACCCCCCCACACACACACACACACUCGACGCUUCUGUGGACCCUCACACAUGGGAAUGGCACAGCAGUGAAGCGCUUGUCCACUGGAGCUGAAGAUUUUCAAAUGAGAGUGAGCGGGACUCCUGUCUUCCCAGAUGGCAGGGAGAUUUUGUCGAACCCUUCCGGAACCAACAUGCCCAUCCUGAAGAAGCUCCCUGGGAGGUCCCGGAGUAACCUCAGCAACGGUGACGUGAUGCUCAAGAAUAACCAUGGCAAUAGCGAAACAACGCUACAGAGUAACCCCGGCAACGGCGAACUCAUACUUCCACCAUCCAGCCUCAACCCCUUCGACGACGUGGACCUAGACAUAGGUUGGAACGAGGAAGAAGGCGGGGUAUGGGAGAGAGGGCGGGGCCUGACGAGGUCUUCACAUGAUGGGGAGGCACUGGAGAAUGAGCUGAAUGCAGAGCUGCAUGGAGGGUUGAAGGUCACGGACAGGUCGAAGGGUAGCUCUCCUCUGAGAGGGACCCUGGAGCGCAUAUGUGGCUCGUCACCGCUGAAGACGUUGGGAAAACUGAGCAAGGGGCUGCGCCUGACUGGACGAAACGUGUGGAGCAACACCCUGCCGGCCACGCCCACUACCGGGAAGGAGAAGAAGAAGAAGAAGAAUCAUAGGAGACCAUCCGAGGAGAUCAUGACCUUGCUGAGGCUGGCCGGGCGGAGGAAGAAGAGCGAGCGGAGGAAGAGUCUACCUGAGGGGGAAGAGAAUGGUGAGGAUGACGAGGAUGCUGACCGUCGGCCCUCGUUCCUGCGAAGCCUGAGCAAACUCCGUGGAGACUCUCUCACCAGCCGCGACUCCCAGGAGGCAGAGCGGGAGAGCCCCGAGGAAGAGACGCCCAUCAAACGUCGAGAGCCGCUCUCAGUCCUCGAAAUCCUGCAGCUGGUGAAUCAGCGAGACCUCCUGCUGGCCGACACCCACAUCCAAGAGUUGGAGAGAGAGUGCGAACUCGACCCCACACUUUUUCAAACCCCGCCCACCACCCCCACAACCAUUUCUACAACCCCUCCCGCUCCGUCCUCCCCUCUAUGGCUCUCCCUGGCGGGCCAGUGUGAUGACGAGACUCCAAGCGCCUGGGACGCGAGUUUGAGGAAAGUUAAAGAUGUCGAGUUGCUCUAUGAGGCACUGCAGAGAGAGAUGUGGGAUGUGGUGCGCGAGUCCCUACGGCAACCAUGUGCCGGCCCCCAGCUUGGCCUAGUCGUGCUUGUGAUCCAGCAGGAGGAGCAUGCCGACCGCAUCUGGGCCCUGCGCCAGGAGGCUCAAUCCGAGCGCCGUGAUGGGGCCCAGCCCGACCUGCACGAGAGGGCGCACUCUGACCAGUGCCAGGAGGCCCAGUCCAACCUGUUUGAGGGAGUCCGUUCCAGCAAGCGUCCCCGGAGGAUGAGGCAAAAGUGGGCGGAGGCAGUAGGAGAGGCUGCUGAUUGGUCACUGCCACAGCCUGGGGGUAUCACAGCAGGACAGAUGGGCACGUUCCUGGAUCGGCUAAGAGGCCGAGUGGUGGAAGAUAUGGACGCGGUGAGGAGGAACGUGGUAGGAGUGUAUCCAAAGGAGUUCUCUGUGUUUCAGGUGUACAUGCAGAGCUACCACAGAGGCGUGGCCAAACGUCUCCGAACCAUCACUGCGGGGCAAGUGCAGAUCACUGAUAUCUACUCACUGCUCGACUGGGUCUACAACAUCUACAACAGGGACGUGCUGGGCACGGUGGGUGCUAUGGGGUCUGUAGACUGUGGAGCUCUCGAGCCACUGCUUCCUGCCGAGGUCAUGGACAGACUGGAACAAGAGUGUCUUGACACCAUCUGGGAUAAGGUAACUAUGGAGCUCUCUCAGGUUCUGGAGGAUGAGGAGAAGCGAUGGACUCAGACGUUACACAUUGAAGAGUACCAGUCUGGCCUCGCACGAUCAAUCAUACAGAGGCUGAAGGUGGACCUGGACAGAUCGACAGGUGUCAGUCAGCCUUUGGGAGCUCGAGUGGCCCGGUGCACUCUCAAAGGGUUAGCCGACUUCCUCCACAGUUUCCAGAGAAAGGUAGAGAUGUUUCACGAGACUCAGGCAGAGUUCGGCGAUCGAGCUGAUGGUUACGUGUCCCGCACUAUCGCGCUGGCCAACUGCGUCCCUCCCUUCAGGAGCUUUGUGGAGCGCUGUCGGCAGUGUGACCCCCUCGGCAGUGAAGACUCCUCCCACAGAGCGCACUCGUCACUCGACCGCAUCAUCAACCAGUCUGUACGGGUUCUCACCGAAAGACUGUUCGAAAGCAUUAGGCCCUUCUUUGAUAAACUGCUCAGAAAGAAAUGGCUGAACAACACGGAGGCGUAUGAGAGCAUCGAGGCCUCCAUCAAACAGCACUUUAAAAAGUUCCGCAGGAUGGACUGUCCUCCCUAUCAGACUCUGGUGAACGAGGUGCACAGGCGGCUCAUGGUGGAAUAUGUGCGUGCCAUCAUGAGGGGGCGGGUCAUCUGCACGUCACUCAAAAUGAGGAAGAGACUCGCAUUCCGGCUGCAGGACGAGGCCAGACAGCUUAAAGCACUUUUUAAAGACCUGGAGUCUACCUGUUCCUGGCUGGAUAAUGUGAUUGGUCACGUGGCUGACAUCAUCCUCCUGGAGGACACACCCUCUAUUCAGAUGGAGGUGGGAGUGCUGGUGAAGGAGUUCCCAGAUAUUCGGAGGAAGCAUGUCUCGGCUGUACUGAAUGUCAGAGGGAUGGUCCAGCAGGCGGAACGUCAGGAGAUUCUCGCCGUCGUCCGGGACUUCGAGACCAGCGACAACCCCACCCAUGUUUCCAGAGACCGUGCCUUGUUCUCUGAGAUCACCGUGGCGACGGACAUGCCCUGCCUGGGACUGGUUCUGAUCCGUUUUGGACUGAGAGUGUCAUCGUGGGUGUCGAGCGUCCGACCUCGCAGGAGGCGCCUCAUAAGGAGCGCGAGUCGGAGAGCAGAUGAUGCUAAUGAACACGUCACACAAGACAACCAAUAACAUCUCACUAACCAGUCAAGACAGUAGAUCAUAACCAGUGACACAAGACGACAGUCGGCAAGUCGGCAAGUCAGAUAUUAGCCUAGAAAAAAAAAACAUAAUGACUAGCUCAACCAGUAACCAAAUCAUUUCCAAACGCAUUCCGAUCCCAUAAUUCUGUUCACUGAACUUCUUUAAAAAGUUUCAACCUACGAGGCAGACCAAACCGUAUCAACACUCCAAAUGUAAGUUUCAUAGCUAGCUAAAAAUCAGAUUUGUGUUUGUAGAUUGCCAAAAGUCAUUCCCUAGUUAUAUAUUAGUAACUAAUGUAAAACUUUAACAUAAGGCGUUAACCUGCUAGUUAGCCUCAGUUAUCCUGUUUAGCAGAAAUUUUUUUUAAAAAGCAUUUCAGGAUCCAUCCUCAGGUACGCCAAUAAACUAGCGAGAAAUACAGAAAUGUAGUGUACAGGCAGCGUGCUAAAAGUUAAAAGGCAAAAAAAAAAAAUAUCACACUGAAAUCUGAAAACUUUUUCUUUUUUUGGUCGCUAAUAAUGCGCUAAUUUCCGAACGGAGCAACCGAACAUGUUAAAAACACGACGUCUACACGAGACGCAGAUCGACCCGGAUUGGUCGAAUCCGUGCGUUCCACAAGACAAGCGCAGGAAGAAAUUGCAAAAAAAAAAAUGUGACCCUCAAGUUUCUUUGCGGCAUGAGGAUUCAAACAGGAAGUACUCUCCAUUAUUCACACAGCUAACAGGAAGUAGACUUAAUGACCGCCGAGUCAUCAGUCCGUCCGUCUGACACAGCUAAUGGUUCCUCCGGUGGAAACAGCCCAAUUCCAGUUCACUCAAAAAACAAUGGAGUGCGCUCGUGAGUAAAGACACAGGGACCUGUCACGUUUUUUAAAUCGAACUUACGCUCGUGUGCUUAGAUAUAACCUCUAAAAACGUCAACAAGAGAAACGCUUAAUCCUUCUCAGAGAUAGGAUGUGUCAAAGGAUUUCCGUGUGAACUGGUUCAAAAAUCGAAUUUUUUUGAGUCGUCACGUGCUUAUCUCUCUCAACUGGUCGUUCGGCGAUGGCGUAAAGCCGGCUUUAGACCCUAUUUUGCUGUCAACAAUCAUUUUUGGAGUCUUGGCGGAAACCUUUUGUGAACUGGAUGUUUAAAUGACGUGCGAGUUGCACAGUCUGAGAGAAUAAACCGUGGUAACAGUGUCCUAGGUCUUCAUGUUCUUAUUCUUAUAUUUCUGAAGAUUUAACACAUAAAACUCAGGCGACCGGUGACAUUGUUGUCAUUUAGCUUUGGAUGCUAAUGUGUGCGCACUUUUACGAUGGGAUAUUCAAAUUGUACAUUACUGUAGCCUGGAGUGAAUGUGAAGAACCUUAGCGACCAGUCAGAUUGGAGCAGAAGUAAUUCGGUCUGACUGGAUCUUCUUCUGCUUUACUGGAUAAGGAUGGUAUAAGAAUUGCUGAUACGGAAGGUGAUAGCUUCAUGAGUGAGAAAUCAGAGUAAACAGGAUGUAGUAAUACUGUUCUUGAGAGCAAGUGUGGUUAGUAAAAGAGGCCUUAGAGCUGUCUAGGCUAGGCUUGGUUAGGUUCUAUGAGUGUAGGAGGUUCAACUAUUGUCUAUCUUUCACAUUUCAGUCAUCGUUUUAAUCUCAUUGCGAUUAACGCUGCAACAACUCAUAAAUCAGAAAUACGGCUUAUCCAUCGCAACGAAUCUUAAAGAACAAAUGUUUAUAGUACAAACUGAGAUGAAAGAAUUAAGUGCAUUAAGGCCUAUUUUUUUUAUAAACAAUGACAAUAAUCAAUAGUCCAAAAAGAAAGAGUUUAUUAUUAAAGUAAUAUUUUCCAUUUCGACCGUACUUAAUCAUAUUAGUUAUGCGCGUCCUUCUAAAUAGCUGGUCUUGAACUGUAUCUAUUCAAUUAUUUGUGCGGUUUUCUUUGUGAAAUUCUUGUGAAAUCAAUUGAAAGAUAUGAACUGAAGUGAUGUGAAACAUAAAUGGGAAUUAUUCUAACGUUAAAGAAUUUCAGUGGAAAUAAAAACCCAUUGACUGGGUAUCGAAGCAAACAA